AUGUCUGACAGCAAUCAUUCCGUUCUCUCGCCGUCGUCGUACACGUCAGGAUCCUGGUCUGACUGUUCUUGGUCGGGUUCAAUCAAUAGAUUUCUGGAGCAUUUUCGUUUGAGUCAUGAUCCACACGACUUUCCAACGGCUCUGAUACCCGAAUUCAAACUGGCACAAUGCCCCGGAUGUAAGCAUUGGUACAGGCGGAUCAACCAACACCUUCCAAAAUGUAAAGCUUACCUCAACUUGUCAAAGAACGCCCCGUCAUCUUUAUCUCAACCGGUUUGCGGAAGCUCAAACAAUGACUCAACUCCAUCAAAUUCUGGUCAACAUCAGUCAUCCGGGCAUUGCAAGAAGAACCUCGGACCCCCAACAUCUCUUCAGCAGUCUAUGUCUGAUCUCAUGUCUGCAGAUCGUGAAAGAGCUGGCCUUGGUUGUCCGAAGCGCACUUUGUCUGCUUCGCGGGAAGAAGUAGCCUGGGCAUUUGUAGGUUCUCUGUCUACUGAGUCUAUUUUGUCUGCGCCAAUUCCUCGGUCCGUCCAACAAAUUGCAUCUUGUCUCAAGUCAACUUUUCAAGACUGUUGCGCUAUUCCACUUCGUAAGCUUGAGUCAAAUCCAAACGAUUCUGCUGCAUGGAAGCUACUCUUCCUAAUUCCAAGAAUGCUUCUACAACCUGGCCGCGGAGAAAAACAGUCUGGCAUCAAGAAGGCCAUGCAGUUGCAACAGAAAUUUUUAAAUUUUCAGUGGGAAGAGUUGAUUCAACUAGAAAAACCUUCAGCAGUUUCGAAACCUAGUCGUCUUGCACAAGAGCAGAAAAAGAAUGCUGCCCUGAGGCUCAUUCGCUGUGGUGAAAUUUCGAAGGCAGCCAAGGUCAUCAUCAGCAAUGGUUUAGCUCCAGCCUCAGAGGAAACGAUCUUGAAGCUGAAAAGCAAACAUCCAAGUCAUCAUUCAAAUGUUCAAGUUGACGGUCUCAAGUCUCAAUCUGCCAACGGGCUUCACCUCUCUUUGGUUGCUUUUCUCAAGGCUGUCCACAGAUGCCCCAAAGGCUCUGGGUCAGGACCCUCUGGUUGGCGUUUUGAACAUUUACGAGACUUGUGUGACAACAGUGUAACCAGAGACGGUCUUUUUGCAAUCUGUUCUACCAUUGCUAAGGGUAAGAUUCCCACUGACAUUAUCUCUUUAGUGUCUGCUUCUCGUCUUAUUGCCAUCCCUAAGAGCAAUGGUGAUGUUCGUCCCAUUGCUAUUGGAGAGUGUUUGAGGCGUUUGACUGCUAAAGCUGUUUGUGUCGAUUGCAAGGACUCGUUUUCAUCAUAUUUCAACCCUGUUCAACAUGGAGUUGCUACUCCUUCUGGUUCAGAGCUCGUUAUCCAUCACAUUCAGCUUCUUUUGGAAGCCAACCCUUCUUGGGUUAUGAUUAAGUCGGACAUCUCAAAUGCGUUCAACAGUGUCGACCGACAAUGUCUUCUGUCUAGUGUCAGUUCCAACUUUCCGGAACUCUUGCCCCAUGUCAAUCAGAUGUAUGGAGUCUCGAGCCCUCUCAUCUUCCAAAAGGGUUCAGAAUCAGUCAUUCUCUCUUCGGAACAGGGGGUGCAUCAGGGGGACCCGUUAGGUCCUGUUUUGUUUGCUACAUCAAUUCACUCCACACUUGUUGCUCUGCAAGCUAAAUUUCCGGAGGUUGUUUUGCUUGCCUACCUAGAUGAUGUUUUCAUUGUGGGUCAAAACAACAUGGCACUUCAAGUCUUUGCUUCUCUAGAAGAGUCAUUCUUACCGCUCAAUCUAAAGAUCAAUCAAUCAAAAUGUGAGUUGCUGUCUCUUCAGGGUGAUAGUAAUCCAUCUCCUAUUCCUACAUCAACAUCUGGUUCUGUUGUCUUGGGAUCUCCAGUAGGCACCACAAGUUUUGUCCGUUCUUUCUGCCUAUCUGCUGCAGAGUCUGGAGAAGACUUUUGUUCUCGGAUAUGCAACCUUGAUGAUAGUCAGAGCUCAGUUCUGCUUUUACGUCAUUGCCACUCCACACGUCUUAACCACUUAGCCAGGACAGUUCCUGUUUCUCUUUUGAUACCUGCAGCUCAGAAGCACGACCGAACUAGUUGUCAAACGUUCAGGAACAUUCUUGGUACAGAGGAUCUGUCACCCGCGCUUUGGAAUCAGAUAUCGCUUCCUGUUAAGAAAGGUGGCUUUGGUGUUUCGCCUCUGGAGAGAGUUUCGCCUGCCGCCUUUCUUGCUGGUUGGGCACACACUUGCCAAUCACUUCUAGACAGGUUUCCAGGUUCAGGUUCCCUGCUGUCGUCUCUGUCAGAUCCAUCUGAAUCUGAUGGCCAAAUUGUCCAUGACCUAGAUGAGGCAGCCGCUAUGAUUCCGCCACUGUUGCUAUCUGAUGAAGAUCCGAAACCAGUUUCGUACGCCCGCCAUGAGCUUCUUUUAGCAGAUGCAAGAAAAUUGCAACACAGACUAUCCAAUGCUAUUGCUCAAAAAGACACCACAGCCCUUUUAGCGUCAGUCGUCUCUGACAAAGAUUCAGCACGAUUACAAUCUCUUCAAGGCCCCUACGCGGGAGCUUGGCUCGACUCUAUACCCUCCUCUCGCAAGUUCGCGCUAUCGUCUCCGGAAUUUAAUUUGGCGUCUUGCAUGAGGUUGGGGAUACCCUUGCCAUUUGGAGAAUGGGUUGCAAAUUGCGAAUGUGGAUCAAAACUCGACGCUGAAGGUUUCCACCUACUUACUUGCAAGUCUGGCGGCGGUCCCAACUGGCAACACAACAGCCUUGUCGCAAGCUGGUCCGACUGCCUUCUCGAUCUUGGUAUACAUCACCGAAAGGAGCCUCGCAACAGAUACAGCAACAGCGAUGAUAGGCCUGAUAUCGUCGUAUUUGACAGCGAAAAUGGCUCAUCUCUAGAUCUAGAUGUUUCAUUCGCCCACCCCUGGAGCAAAGACUAUCUGAAACGAACAGCUUGAAUCUGCGGAUUUGCUGCCAAAAAACGUGAGGACCUCAAGUUUUCAAAAUAUGAUCAGGAACGUCUAGCAAGUGGUGACUCACCAGCAUUCACACCUCUAGUUUUUGAGCACUUUGGCUGCUGGGGUGAGAAAGCUGUCGACUACUUAAGGGUACUUUCGAGAAAAUCUAGGGAUGCUGUUGGAAAAUCCAACACGGCUGACUUCAUAAAUUUUUGGCGUAAGCGCAUCUCUGUUCAGAUUCAAAAGUGCAAUUCAAGGGUCCUAUUAAGGAAGAUUGACAGGCUUACCAACUCAAGGAGACCAUACAAUCACGGUCAAGACUGGGAUGCCCAGUCUAUUUGGGCUUCAUAAUUUUGACAGUUAGUAAAUUAUUAUACGUAUGGAUUACGUUUGGUGACUGUAGCUGUCUACAUUCUAGUUUAGCAUAUCAGUGAUUUCUGUAUAUUUGGCUGUUUAGUUAUAUCUGAAAUAUAUCUAACCGGCCAGCCAGCCAGCCAGCCAGCCAGCCAGCCAGCCAACCAGCCAGC